AUGCAGAGCUCGCACGACGUCGUGUUCGGGGACCCCCUCAAGCCCGUGAAGCUGGACGACUUCCGCAAUGUCCUCAUCCGCCAGGAGGAGACCAUCAUCUUCGCGCUCAUCGAGCGCACCCAAUUCCCGCGCAACCCGGAGGUCUACGUGAGCAUGAAGGAGAGCAAGAGCGCGGCGUUCGGAGGCCUCAAGGGCAAGUACACGACGUUCGACGGCAGCCUGCUGGACUUUAUGCUACUGGAGACCGAGAAGCUGCACGCGCUCACGCGCCGCUACACGUCGCCGGACGAGAACGCCUUCUUCCCGCACCUGCUGCCGGAGCCCAUCCUGCCGAUCAUCGACUACCCGCGCGUCCUGAACCCGAACCGGAUCAACAUCAACAACCAGAUCAUGAGCGUGUACCAGGAGAAGAUCCUGCCAGGUUUGACCACGCUCGCGAGUGACGACACUGCGUACGGCUCAACGGCGACGGCGGAUAUUGCGGUGCUGCAGGCGCUGAGCAAGCGUAUCCACUUCGGCAAGUUCAUCGCUGAAGCCAAGUUCCAGGCGGAGACGGAGCGCUACACGAAGCUCAUUCUCGCGAACGAUGCUGAUGGAAUCAUGGAUGCGCUCACCAACCUUGCCGUCGAGAAGAAAGUGCUUGAGCGCGUGAAGCUGAAAGCCUCGACGUACGGCCAAGACCCGAACGCUCCCACCACUGCUUCGGACGACAAGGACUGGAAGGUGAACCCUCAGCUUAUCUCGGACCUGUACCGCGACUUCGUGAUGCCGCUGACCAAGGAGGUCCAGGUGCAGUACUUGCUGCAGCGUGUUGCACACCCGUCUAUCGCUGUUGCGGGCGUGGAAGGGUCGUUCUGCUGGAUGGCGGCGCAGGCGCACUUCGGAGGCGAGACGCUUCAGAAGGACCAGCUGCUGCAGGCCGAAUCCAUCAGCAAGGUCUUCUACGAUGUCAACGCGAACCGUACGGCCUAUGGUGUCGUCCCUAUCGAGGACUCGCGCCUGGGUAUGAUCAAGGAGACGCAGGCUCAGCUGAUGCGCAGCUCGCUGAAAGUGUCUGCCGAGAUUGUGCUGACCCGUUCGUUCAUCUUCGCGGCCAAGGACAAGCAGCUCGGCAAGGGCUCCGAUGUGACGAAGGUCUUCUGCCCGACCGACACGGACGCUCGGUUACUCGCGCAGGCGGAGCAGAGCUGGCCGAGCGCGCAGGUCAUCUCGGUUCCCAAUGUUUCGGAGGCUGCGAGCCGCGCUUUCAGCGAGGUCUCGACGGUGGUAGUGACCACGUCGGUCGCGGCGGAGGCCCACAACCUGGAGCAGGUUGACACCAGCAACGCUCUUGCUUCGGAAGGAGCUGUCACGGAAAGUAAGUCGUUCAUCCGCUUCGUGGUUGUGUCGAAGGGUUUCCCCGCGGCUACGGGUAAGGACAAGUCGUGCCUGAGCAUGGAGAUUAAGCACGAAGUGGGCUCCCUCCUCAGUGCCCUGGACGUGUGGAAGAACCACGGUAUCAACCUCACGUGCCUCGAGUCGAUCUACCGCCAAGAGCAGGGCGGCUACGAUUUCUUCGUUGAGAUCGUCGGCCACUUCGACGACGCGAACGUGCGGCAGGCGGUCGAGCAGCUGCAGUCGGUUUGCACCGUCAAGCACCUUGGGUCGUUCCCUAUCGCGAAGCGCCCCAUCCAGAGCUGA